AUGGGGGGUGUAUUGACAGAGUCAUGGUUCAGUAAUAUAUGGAGGAGUUCGAUAAAGAGCAUAGCACUGGAACCUGAAAAGCCCGUGAUAGGAAUUUUGGCAUUUGAAGUCUCAAGAUUGAUGUCAAAGGUCGUUUAUCUCUGGCAAUGUCUAGAUGAUAGGCAAAUUGUUAUAUUCAGAGAAGAGGUUGCAAACUCGAAUGGUAUUCGAAAGCUUGUUUCCGAUGAUGAUGAUUAUCUCAUGGAUCUUGCUCUUGCUGAGAUAUUAGAGAAUUUGGGAAGUGUGGCAAAAUCGGUGACUAUACUGGGGAAGAAGUGUGCUGAUCCAACAUAUCACAAUCUUGAGCGUGUUUUUGAAAACCCAGUUGGGAUUGAUCAUGAUUGGAAUGGUCGGCAGUAUAAGCUGAAGAAGAUGGAGAGGAAGGUUAAGAAGAUGGAAAGGUUUGUUGGCGCCACCAACCAGUUGUUUCAAGAGCUUGAAGUGUUGGCAGAGCUUCAGCAGAGUCUGAGGCGGAUGCAGGCUGGUGCUGGUUUAGGCAAAGUGAAAUUGCUCGAGUUUCAGCAGAAGGUAGUUUGGCAACGUCAGGAAGUGAAGAAUCUGCGGGACAUGUCUCCUUGGGUUAGAACGUAUGACUACAUCGGCCGCCUUUUGCUUAGAUCCAUUUUUACAAUUGUUGCAAGGGUUAAACAUGUAUAUGGGAUAAGUCAUAUAGAAAAUGUGGAGGGAAUUAAUCAGUACGAGCGCAUCCCUGAUGAUUGCCUUACUCGUAAUAAUUCCAUCUCUGCUAUUUUGAAAUUACCACCUUCUCCAUCUGAAAACAACCUGCCUAGAUUUCCAGGUACUUUUGGAAGGUCAUUUUCAAAUCUGGAUUUGAGCUGUGAUAAGAAUAGAUCUAGGAACAAGAAGUUGCACACCCGCUCACAGUCGUCUCUUGGUUGUGGGAAACAGCAACAAACAAAAUUGAGACAUUUUGAUCCUGUUGGACCUUUCAAAGGAUGCAUGAUGGGUGGAAGUGAUUCACCUGUUGUACAGAGCUACACACCAUCGUGCAUUGGUGCUUUGAGAUCAAAUGGUGCUUCUCAGAGAUAUGCUGAUGAAACAAAUGACACAAAUGCAGUUUCCAGCAAAGUAUCUUUCUUCAAUUACAAGCGUCGGCUUUUAAAUGCCCCUCCAUCUACCCUAGGUUAUGCUGCUUUAGCUCUCCACUAUGCAAAUAUCAUCAUAUUAAUCGAGAAGCUCACUUCAUCUCCUCACUUAAUCAGCCUUGAUGCAAGAGACGACCUUUACAAUAUGUUACCUGCAAGUAUCCGAAGCUGUCUCAGGGUCAAGCUAAAGGUUUUUUCCAAAACUUCGGCAUGUGUUUAUGAUGCUGCCUUUGGAGCGAACUGGAGCUUCGCAGUGUCUAGAAUACUCGAAUGGUUGUCUCCACUUGCUCACAACAUGAUAAAAUGGCAUUCCGAGCGGAACUUUGAGAGGCAGCAAAUGGUUUCCAGGACAAAUGUGCUUCUUGUCCAAACCCUAUACUUUGCAAAUCAAGCAGAGACUGAAGCAGCAAUUGUGGAACUUCUCAUGGGCCUAAAUUACCUCUCAGGAUUUGCUCGGGAAAUUACUGAAAAGCCUUUUCGAGAGUCUACAUGCAGCAGAGGAUACGAUGGUAAUAUGUUCCCCAUCCCCAAGGAUGACUUUUACAACAUGACAUCAAGUGAGGCAUAA